CGGCGCGCAAUUCUGCCAAAGCACGGGGGACUGGCAGCUGCAGCUGAAACUACACACACCGCUCUGGCAACUCCAGAGGAAUGGCUCUCCCCAAGUACAAGAUUCAGCUGCAUAGCCACCUGGACUCAUGCAUGCGUCACGCGACUAUAUGGGAGCUGGCACAACAGAAAGGCUUGGACUUGGGUUACAAAAGCGUGGAAGAUGUCCGAGAAAGGACGAGACCAAAAGAGGGCACCACGCUCGCCAACUUCCUGAAGGAAAUCUUCGUCUUCCUCAAGGUCGUAGUCGGCGACCGGGAGGCCAUGGAGCGCGUGGCUUACGAGGCGGCCAUCGACCAGGCGACCGUGGGCGUGCUGUACAGCGAGAUGAUGCUGUGUCCUCAGAUGCUGGCCUCUUCAAGCACUACGCUCCGGUGGCAAGGGAUGCCCGAGAGCAUGGUCAGCACCAGGGACGCACUGGACGCUGCGCUACAGGGACUGCGCAAGGCUGAGCUGGAGACGGGCGCCAAGUUCAGGCUCAACCUGUCUUGCGCUCGUGGAAUGCCCGAGUGGGCGCCCGAAGUUCUGGAGCUCUGCCGUGAGUACAGCGGCCGAGGCGUGGUUGGUAUCGACGUCUGCGGCGUAGUCCAGCCCGUCGAAGGACAGUCAGUGCGGGUACAUCCGAAUGCUAACGACUACGGUGAAGAGGUCACCGACCCCUUGAUCAUCCACACUUUCCAGCGUGCUGUCUCUUGCGGCGUGCACCGUACCGUGCAUGCGGCUGAGGCGGGACCCCCAGUCACCGUGUUGCGUGCCGUUCGAGAACUCCAUGCCGAGCGCAUCGGCCACGGCUACCGGGCAGUCGCUGAUGGUGGCGACGCCUACCGGCAAGCGUUGGCGGCGGGGGUCCACUUUGAGUGCUGCCCGACGAGCAGCUACCUCACCGGUGGCGUAGACCUCAACGCUGCGGAGCACCCCAUAUUGAAGCUCCGGCGUGACGGCGCAAGCUUCUCGCUGAACACCGACAACCCGACCAUCACGCACACGACGUUGGACGACGAGUACCGACUGGCGCUGAAGCUCGGACUGACGCCCGACGACCUGCUGCAAUGCAAUCGCUCGGCCAUAUCCGCCAGUUUUCUACCUGACGACGAGAAAUGGGAACUGGAGCAAAAGUUCAACCGACUCACCUGUCCGGACUCGGCGAACGCAUAGGAGGCCGCUGUUGUUCGCUCUGUGCGAUUAAAACAGUAAAUAAAACACAGUGAUUUGCAGGGUUUGGAGACAGGGGAGUAUGGAGGUAAUUGAGACAUUCUUACACCCUCAAGCCAGUAAAGCUGCUUUGUUUUGAGUGCGAUUAGCAUUAUUUGGAAACUUAA